CGGGAAUCUCGCGAUACCCGAUUUGAAAUUUCGGGCGGUCGUUUGUGGUGCGGUUGUUGGGAAGCUGGAAAUUUGGACGGACAGCCUUGUUGAAAAAUGGGGAAACAAAAGAAUCAACAGCUUCAAAUUUGCCGAGCCUUUGAAAUGGCCCAGAAAGGACAUCAAAACCUGGCAAAGCUGGUGGCAAGUCUUAAGAAACUAUAUGAUCAGGAUGAACUUAAAAGUUCUUUUCAUGAAGAAUUUAUCAAUUUGCUGAAAUAUCCCAUGACCAUUUAUAAACGGGAACCAGCAGUAGAAAGAGUGAUUGAGUUUGUUGCGAGGUUUGCAACUGCAUUUGAACAACCUGAGGAUGAGGAAGAAAGUGAUGAUGAUGAAAGCUCUUUCAUGCUUUACCUCUUUCAGUUUCUGCUUAAGUCUCACAGUGCAUGCAGCCAUUCCGUUCGAUUCCGUGCCUGUCAACUUAUCAAUCGCCUUCUUGGUAGUAUGUCAGAGAAUGCCCAGAUUGAUGAUGAAUUGUAUGAUCGUAUAUAUGAAGCCAUGCUUGUGAGGUUGAAAGAUAAGUUUCCAAAUGUGCGAAUACAGGCUGUGCUUGCCUUGGCCAGACUUCAGGAUCCCACUAAUGAAAGUUGUCCAGUAAUUGAUGCAUACAUGUAUUUGAUUGAAUGUGACACCAAUCCAGAGGUGAGAAGAGCAGUGUUGUCUUGCAUUGCACCAUCAUCCAAGACUCUUCCUAAAAUCAUUGGACGCACUAUGGACAUUAAAGAUAAUGUCAGAAAGUUGGCCUAUGAGGUGUUGGCGGAAAAAAUACAUAUAAAAGCAUUUUCCAUUGCCCAGAGAGUAAAGCUUCUUAAGCACGGUUUGACUGACCGUUCGGAUGCUGUAAAAGAAGUGGUAAAGAAAAAGCUGUUGCAGGCUUGGCUUCGCAUACUGGAUGGCAAUGUUUUAGACUUGCUCCAUUGUCUAGAUGUGGAAAACUGUAUUGAUGUGGCUGAGUCUGCACUUAAUGCUUUGUUUUCUCAAAGCCCUCUUGAAGAAUUAGUUAAUAAUUGUCAAAAUCUAAAUAAUGGGAAAAUAAUACCAGCAGAAGAUCUAACUUGUGAAAAUGCCCUGUACUGGAGAUGUCUCUGUAACUAUGUGAAAUCAAAGGGAGAUAAAGGGGAAGAAGCCUUAGAAAAACUUUUGCCUGAAGCAGCUACAUAUGCAUCCUAUCUGUUGAGUUACCUGAAAAAUCUUCCUGUUCUGAAAGAAUCGAUGAAAGCCAACUUUGCAGAAGUUGAAGAUGUAAUGAAGAAAGAAUUCAUAAGCCAAGAGCUGCUUAAUCUUGUUGGUUGCCUGGAUACAUCAGAAGAGGGUGGCAGGAAAUGUAUGCUGUCAGUGUUGAAAGAAAUUCUACUCUUGUCCAAUACCCCAAGUUCUCUUGUAGCAAAACUGAUGAAACAAUUGCUGAACAUACAGAAAGAUGAUGAUAGAAGGAUUCGGCUGGUUGCAGAAAUAAUAUCAGAAGUCCGUGAACCCGCUAUUGAGGUGGAUGUACCAGAGGAUGCUGAUGAAGAAAGGAAGAGACAAGUCAAGCUUGCCAAUAUUAAAGUUCAACUGAUAGAAGCAAAACAAGCACUGGAAGACAUCAUAGCUGCCCAGGAUUUCAUUUCUGCUUCAGUGCUGAAGCAGAAAAUUGAGGAAUUAGAAAACAUCAAAACUGAAAUGAUGAGACCAACUGAACAACCUGAAGUUGAAGAAGUUACCACUGAAAAGGAUGACCCUGAAACAAUGUUAAAAUGCCUGAUCAUGUGCAAUGAGCUUCUCAAAGAAAUGACUGUUACAAAGGGUCUGGGUUCAACCUUGAAUGGAAUCACAGAAGCUUUGAUACUACCUAGUAUCGCAAAUGUUAAUCCUGCUGUAAGAAAUAUGGCAGUCUUAUGUUUGGGUUCAUCUGCAUUGCACAAUAAAGAUUUAGCACUUCAACAUCUGCCAUUGUUAUUGCAGAUAACUCAACUAGAUGAGGCCAGGGUGAAAAUCAGUGCACUGCAGGCAGUUUUUGACAUUCUGCAAGUAUUUGGGAUUGAGGUUUUCAAACCUUGUAAUGACACAUCACAAGUAUCUCAAAAUGAGGAGAUUGGCAGUGAAACUGAGAAAUCGACAUCUGAAGAAGUAACAGAGAAUUCUGUGGAAACAAACACAGUUAGCAGUAUCCUUACACUGCUUUUGGGAUACUUAGACAGUGAGACAGCAGAACUUAAGACUGUAGCUGCUGAAGGUUUCGCGAAACUACUUUUUUCUGGAAGACUUUCUAGUCCCAAACUCCUUUCCCGGCUUAUUUUAUUGUGGUACAAUCCUGUGACUGAAGAAGACACCUUCCUUCGACAUUGCCUAGGGGUUUUCUUUCCUUUGUAUGCUUUUACCAACAGGAAAAAUCAAGAAUGUUUCCAGGAAGCUUUCUUACCUACUUUGAGGACCCUGUUCUAUGCACCAGCUUCUUCUCCUUUAGCUGAAGUUAAUACACUUCAUGUGGCAGAACUUUUUGUGGAUUUGACUCGUGUAAGUGCAGCUAAUUUGAAGAACAAACAAACAGAAGACUACCAGGAACUUACAAUUCAUGAUAACUUGGCUGUGAAGAUUUGCAAUGAAAUAUUGAAAGAUCCAGAUUCUCCAGAUGUUCGAAUAUUUGUCAAAGUUCUGGCAUUGCUUGAUCUUUCGACAGGACUGCCAUCACACACAGAGCAGUUGUGUGUUCUCCUGAACAAAAUUAAGGAAAUGAAAAACAAAAUAAAUCAACGAGUCAUUGAGAAAAUUAUUGCUCACUUAAAUGGAGGAUUAAGAGAAGGCGAAAAGCAUAAAUGUGACAACACAAUGGAAAGAACAAAAGAAAUUAACAAUGAUGAGAAUAAAUCCCAAGUUGAAGAGAGUGUAAAUGUUUCAGAACAUCAGAAUAAUGAAACAGUAAAUGGUAAAGGUGUAUCAACUGCCAAAUCUGUAACCAGAAGCAGAAGGACCAAGAAAGUACCAGAUCCCUCUGAUGAAAGUGACAGCCCCGAUUUUGUAACUCCAGCUCCUUCAGUAUCCACAAGAUCUUCAAGACGAGCAAAAACAGCAGUGCUGGAAAAAACAAAAAUUAAACUUUCUCAAUUACUGGACGAAGGAACUGAUUAGCCUCAAAACUAUAUUGCAAAUAUCUGCUAUUGUAAUAUAUUGUGACUUUUCUAUUACCAAAUAAUUCAGCUGUUGCAUUUAUUAGCAUUAAAUUGAAAUGCUACUAUAUUUAGCAUUUUUAAUUGCUUUGCCAUAUAUAUAAAGUAAUAUUCUUUACAAGUAGCAUUUCUUAUUUUGGCAUAAAAUUUGCCAAUAUAUCAAUGGAAAAAUAUUAGAAUUAUUUCCUUAUUAUUGCAUUGGAAAAUGGCCUUUCGAAAGAGUGAUUUCUUUCUUUCCUAUUGCUAUGUUGUCAACUUAGUGUUUUCUACAGAAGAAAUUGCUUAAAAUUAUACUACAAAUUAAACAAUGCUUUUUUAAUUGGGGAAAUGUGUUGUUCGUGGUUUAACAUUUUAUUUUAGAUCAUGUCUAUAGAAUAACAUAUUUUGAUCUUUUAAAAACAGAAGUUUGUUGUUAUAAAUGAUGCUGCGUAGCUCAGAGUUAAACCUGUACCUUAAUCAGCAGUAAAACUAGAUGAAGGAAUACAAAAUUUCAUUGACGUUUUCUACAAAUGAACUGUCAAAACAAGAUAUACUUUGUAUUGACUUAAUAACCAGUCAGUGUAGACGACAAGAAUGCCAUAUUCCAUGGGUCAAUAAUUGAAGACAUUGAAGUGGUCUUAAUGGGUCCUAUUGAAUUUAUCCUGUUGAAUUGUUGGACUCUAGUUAAGUGAACACGGUUUAAUAACUAUCUCAAAAUAAAUAAGCAACAACUCUUGAUUGGAAUAACACAUUGAACAAUCGAAGAACAACAUCGUUAUGAAUAAUGCUACCUUUUCACAUAACAUAUCCAACUGCUGAGGAAGCUGCCCUCCUCAAAAACAAUUAGUGAUGACCAAUAUAUGUAUACUAGGUUUGUUUAUACCCUUCUCAUCCUGUGGAUGAAUUGAAAAUGCAACUUCAUUUGGUUUUGUAUUUUAAAAGUAGACUUUGUUGGAAUUAGAACAGGGAAACUUACCGAAGGCUAUUACACAAGAAACCAAAAGUGGUGAAAACACUGGUGAAAUGAAAUUAUGAUGAAUAAUCCUAUAUCCAUUCAACCUUUGCUAUGUACCUGCUAGAGCUGUACCAAUGAUAAUCUCUUUCCCCAAAUGUAAAACUUGGGUAGAUUGGCUUUGCACAUUUUGUGCAGAAUUUCAGUGUAAGAUUAAAGGUCACAUGUAUACAAAUUACUACAGGUUGAAUUUCCUCACUUCUGCAGGUUGCCUGAUACAA